ACAGGGAAGAUGAGGAACUCAAGAGGAGCGUUGCUGCUUGCAGAGAGUAUGCUACCAAGAAGCGAGAUGUUCCAGAGGACGAGCUCCAGCCCACGUUAAGUCCCGGAGAGGCAGCGUUUGCCACAAGGAUGUGGGAGUUUAAAAAGCACAAGGGCCCCGGAAGCGAUACCCAGGAAGAAGGUUCGAAUGAGGACAAUCUCCCUAACCAGGAAGCCAACAA